CCACACUGAUUGGACGAAACGGGCCGCUCGGGAACUCGCAAACAUUGCCGCGCUCCCAUGUGUUUCCAGGAGAUUUUCUUUUCCCCGUUGACCUCUAGUGCGCGUGCCCGCCCAAAUCUGGACUCAAGCAGGGAGAUGCGCGUGGCCGAAUUUGACGAGAUAAUUGGGAAUAGAGGACGUUAAGCAUAGGACUAAUACAGUAGAUACAAUAACUGUCCAAACGUUUGUCACAUUCUUGCCAGGGUAAAAUAUGAAAAAAUAGCCUGGGAAGAAUUGGAAAGGUGCAAACUACCAUGGAAGGGGAUUGCGGUUUGCAAAGCGCACCGGCACUACACAUCUAGAUCACCAUUCCGCUAGACGAUGAGAUUAAUUACUUGGGUUUUAUAUUGGGUUGAAGCAUUGUUUUGCAGACUAAUUUAGCAUAUCGAUGGACUGUAAACAGUAUUGCAAAUUGUAUGCAUUUCAACGGAUGAUAUUCUGAGUACGCAACAAUGCCAUUAAUUUAUAUAAAUUAUAUUUCUUAACCCAUCUCUGGAUCUGCGCACAGUUGAAGGAUAAAAUAUAAACUAAAAGUGCGACUAUUUGUUGUUUUUGUCGUUGUCCUCUCGCUAAUGUGUUUACGUGUUUCAUCUGAUGGAUUAGUUUAACUGUCGACUGUAGCCUAUGUAGCUCGAAGGGAACUGUAGCCUUCACCAAUAUUUUGGGGGAGAUUCAUCGGACUUGCAAUACAGCCAUAUCAUGUAUGCUGGACGUAAAAGGAGAAAACCAGUCCAGAGAGCCGUAAAACCGCCACAAUCAGAAGGGGCCAAGUCGAACCCCUCGAAGCGCCACCGGGACCGUCUGAAUGGAGAGCUGGAGAGGCUGGCCAGCCUCCUCCCCUUCCCUGAGGAGGUCACCACCAGCCUGGACAAACUCUCCAUCCUCCGCCUUAGUGUCAGCUACCUCCGGGCCAAGAACUUCUUCACCGUUGCCCUGAAGAACUGUACUUGCAGUGGUGGCAGCGCUGAUAACAGCAAAGCCACAGGAUUGGAGGACAGUUGGCUGCCUGAAGGAGAACUGUUGCUGCAGGCUCUGAACGGCUUCGUCCUGGUGGUCACUAAUGACGGGACCAUUUUCUACUCCUCUCACACCAUUCAGGAUUACCUGGGCUUCCACCAGACUGAUAUUAUGCAUCAGAGUGUGUAUGAGUUGGUCCACACUGAGGACCAGCAGGAGCUGAGGAGGAACCUCCACUGGGCCCUCAACCCACCUGCCAUCAUGGACACACUGGGAAAGUCCUCCUCAGAUGUGGAGCCGGAGAGCAGCACCACUGUGACCUAUAACCCUGAGCAGCUCCCACCAGAGAACUCCUCCUUCCUGGAGAGGAACUUUGUGUGUCGCUUCCGCUGCCUCCUGGACAACUCCUCUGGCUUCCUGGCCCUGAGUCUGCAGGGCAGGCUGAAGUUCCUGCGUGGUCAGAACCAGCGGCAGGAAAACAGGGUCAAGGCGCCGCCCCAGCUGGCCCUGUUUGCCAUUGCUACGCCUCUCCAGCCCCCCUCCAUCCUGGAGAUCAGGACCAAGAACAUGACCUUCAGAACCAAACACAAGCUGGACUUCACCCCCAUGGCCUGCGACGCAAAGGGGAAAAUUGUGCUUGGGUAUACUGAAGCUGAACUUCGGGUGCGAGGCUCUGGGUAUCAGUUUAUCCAUGCGGCGGAUAUGUUGUACUGCGCUGAGAACCAUGUCCGAAUGAUGAAGACAGGGGAGAGCGGUCUGACCGUGUUCAGGCUCCUCACCAAGGACAACCUCUGGAAGUGGGUCCAGGCCAACGCAAGGCUGGUGUACAAGAACGGAAAACCAGACUACAUCAUCGCCACACAGAGGCCUCUGAUGGAGGAGGAAGGAGGCGAACACCUACGUAAACGUUCCAUGCACCUCCCCUUUACCUUCGCCACGGGAGAGGCCCUGCUCUACCAGUCCAGCCAUCCAAUUGGACGCUUCAACCACAGCACCCAGGGCUCCGAGAAGAACGGCAACAAGUCCAAGAAGGGCCGGAUUGACAGGGUGUCCAGGGAUGGCCUGGACCCGGGCUCCCUCUUGGGGGCGCUGAUGAGUCAGGCUGAGUCUGUAUAUGUCUGCCAGCCGGCCUUGGAGCCCCAGCUGUCCUUCCACAGCAGUCUGUUCGGAGACCGGGUCGGUUUCUCUGACUCCGACCCCACCGCCCUGCUCCAGGGCUGGGAUGAGUCGUCCAACGGAGUGGUGGGUCCGGGCCUUCCAGAACCGGCGUCGAGCUUCGACCCUAUGCUGGCGACCCUGGACUCCCUGUCCCUGGGGGGUCCGGGGGAUGGGGAGGGAGGCAAUGGGGAGAACUGUUCCAACGGGGAACUAUUUGGGGCUUUGGAGGGCCUGGGACUGAGCGCUGAGGACCUGGAGCUGCUGCUGCUGGACGAGAGGAUGAUCAGGGUGGAGAUGGACCCUGAGCGGGUUCCCACCCUGGAUGACCUGCUGACCAACGAUGAAAUCCUGUCCUACAUCCACGACUCCCUGGAGGCAAAGACAGAUGGGGCAGAGGACGGGGACCAGGUACCCUCCACUAUCCCAGGAACAAAUGCCCUAGAAACCACCACAAAAACAACAAAGGCUCCUUUUGAAAGUAAUCCCACUUCUGCCACCAAUGUGUACCCUCAGUACAUUCCCCAUAAUUCCCCCAUAGUUCAGCAGAUGCAGAAGCACCUCAACAUGCAGCCAGGGAGGGCGGUCCAAGACUGGGUCCAGCAUAGCAACCACUUGCCCCAUCCAGUGGUGAAUGGACUGCAGGGGCAGAGUCAGCCAAUACACAACGGAGAAUGGACAUCCCUGCACAUUCUAGCCAAUACAGGGGUACCGGUUGACGACUGUCACACCCCCCAGACUCUGUUAAAUGGAAAGGUGUCAGAGCCGGAAGGGGACCAUCACUGGCGGCAAGCCCACCAACGUCAACACUACCUCCAGCAGCAGCAGGCCCUGGUCCAGAUACCGCUCCCUCACAGCCAUGCCAAACAUCCAGCUAAUCUCAACGGAGUGUGUGGCAUUCCAAACACACUCACAGAGUAUCUCCCAGCUGGCAAACAGCAAUGGCAGGACUAUAGCUACUGCCCCCCUGGGCAAACCACCCUGAACAGCAACCCCCCUGGGCAAACCACCCUGAACAGCAACCCCCCUGGGCAAACCACCCUGAACAGCAACCCCCCUAGGCAAACCACCCUGAACAGCAACCCCACUGGGCAAACCACCCUGAACAGCAACCCCCCUAGGCAAACCACCCUGAACAGCAACCCCCCUAGGAAAACCACCCUGAACAGCAACCCCCCUGGGCAAACCACCCUGAACAGCAACCCCCCUGGGCAAACCACCCUGAACAGCAACCCCACUGGGAAAACCACCCUGAACAGCAACCCCACUGGGAAAACCACCCUGAACAGCAACCCCCCUGGGCAAACCACCCUGAACAGCAACCCCCCUGGGGAAACUACCCUGAACAGCAACCCCUCUGGGAAAACCACCCUGAACAGCAACCCCCCUGGGAAAACCACCCUGAACAGCAACCCCCCUGGGAAAACCACCCUGAACAGCAACCCCCCUGGGAAAACCACCCUGAACAGCAACCCCCCUGGGAAAACCACCCAGAACAGCAACCCCCCUGGGAAAACCACCCUGAACAGCAACCCCCCUGGGAAAACCACCCUGAACAGCAACCCCCCUGGGAAAACCACCCUGAACAGCAACCCCCCUGGGAAAACCACCCUGAACAGCAACCCCCCUGGGAAAACCACCCUGAACAGCAACCCCCCUGGGAAAACCACCCUGAACAGCAACCCCCCUGGGCAAACCACCCUGAACAGCAACCCCUCUGGGCAAACCACCCUGUACAGCAACCCCUCUGGGCAAACCACCCUGAACAGCAACCCCUCUGGGGAAACCAUCCUGAACAGCAACCCCUGCCUUAACGAUGGCCAGGUACCUCUCCUCACACACACCACCGUAGACGUUUGUAUGAAUUACACUAUGGCUGAUGUUCCCGGCAUGGACUAUACCAUCAACAGAUGUACAUAUGGGGGGAACGGGCAGCACCACGCGACCGGGGCUGCCGUUUCGUCCUACCAGAGGAUGAACCACAAGCAGCAGCAGCAGGAGAAGCUGCCCCCUCCCUUGGCUCAGGUGCAGUGCCCUCCUCCCUCUGCUACAGUAGAGCAGAUCCUUGUGGUUGGACACUCUUCACUGGAGGCCAAUGGCAUGGUGACCUCUGACAUCCCUCACCAGCCCAACCACAGUAAGAUGGAAAAUGGCUGCAUUCUUAACGGGACCUACUCAGGAGGCUGUGUUCUGCCCAAUAGGAGUGGUGCCCUCUAACGGCCGCCAACUCCCCUGCCCUGACACUCUCCAGACCCCCAGACCUCAGGCUUUUACCUCUGACUGGGGACCUCCAGGGGACACUAACUGACUGGAGGGUCCCACCCACCCAGGGUCCCACCCACCCAGGGUCCCACCC